AAUAUUAAUUCAAAGUGAAAAGAAACACCUAGCUACGAUAUAUCAAGGUUUCGAACUUAUAUGAACAGCCAUGGACAUAUAUAAAUCCAAUACUUUCUCUUCAUCCAUACAACCAAUGCCCAACCCUCUCUCCUUCCAGGCAUCGCAGACCCUCUUCAAAACCACCAAGCAUCGUCAUCAUCCCCACGAUUUCUAUCCACACUUUUACUUCCCAGAAUCUCCACCCCACAUCCACAUUCGUACACUAAGUCUAAGUCUAACUCCUAAAUCCAAGACAACCGCUCCCCCACCAACUCCACACAAAAUCCCUCCUUCCAUCAUCCUUCAGUCCUCCUUCUCAGCCAGGAAAACGCCACAUUCCACAUCACCGUCCAACAUUCAGCGACGUCGGCUCGGCAAUUGCCCAAACCCCACGCUACUCCCUACUGCCAUCCACUAGUCACCACCGGACUAACUACUCGGAGCCUGGUGGCUUCGGUAUGUGAAUUGCCGGAAGCGGACGUACAGGAAGGUAUCAGGUGUGUGUUCUAGAACAAGCUCCCCUUUGGCGCCUUUUUGAGUAGUGAGAGCGGGAAUAAGCUGUAUUUGUGUUAUUUUCGCCUUUGUGGACGGGAGGCAGGAAGGUAGGUAGCUAUUGUUGAUCGAAUGAGACAGAGGGGAAAUCAGCCCCGUCGUCAUUCAGCUUGGGGUAUGUUUGUGGGGCAAGGAAUCCGAGGCGAUCGCAAGUAGUAUCAUGUCAAAACAGAAUUGGAAUAAGUGUCGAGUACCAAAAUAAAUGAAUGUAGUAAAGACACAAGAGAAGGCAAUCCUUCUCUACUCAUUCAAAAAGAAAAGAGAAAAUAGGAAGCUGUGCAUGCUAUGUGAGAUAUCAAAGAUAUUUAG